AGUGACUAAGUUAAGGAUCUUGAGAUGGAGGCGACCUUACCCGGGGUUCUCUGGGUGUGCCCAAGGAAUUUGGAUUCUGAGAUGACAGUCUACCAUUUUCCUCCUUUGAUGUCAAAGCAAUACAAGUCUCUCUCCUCCUCAAUAACUCGUCCUUCUUCUUCUGAUGUGGCCUCCUGGGCAAGUGCUGACCCUCUCUCCCAGCUGCCUGCCCCCCGACACCCGAGGAUGCGCCUCCACAACGCCGAGCAGGUGCUGAGCUGGCAGCCCGUGGUCCUGAACGGCAGCGCGCGGCCGGUGCUCUACCGGGUGCAGUUUAGAUACACUGCUAGUAAUUGGUCGGAGGUCACCCCCGAGUCCACAGGGGUGAACUGUACACAGAUCACAGCGACAGAGUGCGACUUCACCGCGCCUGGCCUCUCCAAGGGCUUCCGGAUGGAUUUCAAUGUCGCUCUGAGACUUCGAGCUGAGCUGGGAGACCUGCAUUCUGCCUGGGUGACAAUGCCUUGGUUUCAACACUAUUUGAACGUUACUGUUGGGCCUCCAAAAAACAUUCGGUUGACCCCAGGAGGUGGCUCCCUCAUCAUCAGUUUCUCCCCUCCCUUUGAUGUCGACAGCGCCGACGCCUCUUUUUGCUACUACGUCCACUACUGGGAAAAAGCAGGAACCCAACAGGUGAAAGGCCCUUUUAAGAGCAACCUCAUUUUGUUGAAUGAUUUAAAACCCUUCAGAGUAUACUGCUUACGAGUCGAGGCACGACUGCUUUGGAAAGAAAACAUCAGGAGACGUGGGCAAUUCAGCAACAUAUCUUGCUACGAAACAACAGCAGAUGACUCCACCAAGCUGCAGCAAAUCAUCCUGAUCUCUGUGGGAACCUUUUCGUUGCUGUUGGUGCUGGCAGGUGCCUGCUUCUUCCUGGUCCUGAAAUACGGAGGCCUGAUUAAAUAUUGGUUCCACGCUCCACCCAGCAUCCCGGCGCAGAUAGAAGAGUAUUUAAAGGACCCGGCUGAGCCCAUCUUAGAGGCGCUGGACAAGAACAGCUCACCAAAGGACGACGCCUGGGACUCCGUAUCCAUCAUUUCAGUUCCAGGGAAGGAGCGAGAAGAUGUUCUCUAGACACUUUGAACCAAAGCACGGGUCCAGCCUGCCCGCUCCUGGGAAGAGGAUGUCGAGCGAGGGAAGCUGCUGCUGUUCCUUCUGGACGGUUCACACACCCGGCACUCCACGGUCCUGCCUCAAACACGUCUGUCAGAGCCUCCCGAGAGACGGCAGGUCUCAUGGGGAAGACAAGCUUGUUUUGUUUUUUUUUUCUUUAA